AUGAAUUUAAGCGACAGCAAUUCAACGGAAGAACCAGUUCAAUGGUUUCCAGGAUUACAAAUCACUGCUUGUAUUUUGUAUUCUAUUGUAUUGCUUGUUGGUAUUAUUGGAAACGUGUUGGUGAUUGCUAUUGUGAUAAAAUAUCGAGAUAUGCGCAAUGCCACUAAUCUUCUACUAACAAAUUUAUCCAUUGCUGAUUUAUUUCAUUUAUUAUUUUGCACAGCAGAGGGCUAUCAACAUUUAUAUGGAAGAGAUAAAUAUGUUUUAGGAAGUUUUAUGUGUAGCUUCAGUCCAUUUGUUCAAAAUGCAACAUCAACAUGUUCUGUAUUAAUAAUAAUGGCAAUCAGUUAUGAAAGAUAUGUUGCUAUCUGUCAACCACUCAAAACAUCUUCUCUUCAUCUAACUUUAUUUCGAACACUACCAACUGUCAUCUUUUUCUGGUUUAUUUCCAGUUUAAUUUCAUUUCCGUUUUUCAUGUAUUCCAAUACGACAUUUGAACAAUCAACAUAUAGCGAAAUAAUUGUUACAUGUUUUACACGUUUCCCAGAAACAUGGGCUAAUCAAUAUUUAAUAUCAUUUACUCUAUGUCUUUAUCUAUUGAUUUUUGUAAUGCUUUGCUAUUGGCAUUUUGCAAUAUGUUGCAUAUUGUUUAAUCGGGAAGCACUUUUACGUGACAAUACUAUUGUCACAAGAUAUCGUCGUCAAGUCGCACAAUUACUUAUUACAUUAAUAAUAACCUUUUUUAUACUUAUUUUACCGUAUAAAAUCUGGGCCUUUUUUCAACAACGCUUAAGUCAAGAUGAAUUUUAUCGAAUAGGCUUUCAUCGGCAUUCAUUUAUUAUUAUUUUUACACGUUCACUAUAUUAUCUUAACUCGGCUAUCAAUCCAUUGUUAUAUUCAAUAAUGUCAACAAAAUUUCGUCAAAGUUUUUUUCUACUAUAUGAUGAUUGUCGUCGAUCAUCAAAACAUCAACAAUCAUGUACUGUACUUUUCUAUAAAGAACAUAAUGGGAAAAAAGUGAGAGGUGCAAAUGGACAUGGGUAUGCUGGUACAAUAUCAACAGGAGCAAAACCUUCGUAUCAUCAAACUAAUGGAGGUCUUCAUCCCGAGACAAAAUCACUUCUUGCCGAUCAUGCACCAAACCCAGCAAUAGAAGUUCGAAUGGAUAUUUCAAAGUAUAGCUUUUUUGAAUCCUAUAUUUGA